GUCUGGUGCCAGCAGCCGCGGUAAUUCCAGCUCUCAAAGUGUAUAUCGUCAUUGCUGCGGUUAAAAAGCUCGUAGUUGGAUCUGCGUCUCAGGACCUCUUUCAGCUUGCGCAGUGGAUUUUUUAGGAAGAAGGAUGAAGCCUUUAUCAUUGAAAGGUCAUGAUCGUGCACUGACGCGAGUGCGCAUUAAUAGAGACGGCGACUUGUUGUUCUCAGCGGGAAAAGAUAAGAGUCCAUGCGUGUGGUACAUGGAAAAUGGUGAACGCAUCGGAACGUACGAUGGUCACAAUGGUGUCAUUUGGGAUAUCGAUGUCUCCUGGGACACGCGACAUUUUUGUUCUGCUUCUGGUGAUGUAUUUGUUAAGUUAUGGAACUGCGAAACAGGCGAUGUGAUAAAUUCAGUUUCGACACCAACGGCUGCACGAUCAAUUAGUUUAUCAUACAGCGGGAAUUUGAUUGCUUUUACAACUAUAAAAAUGACGCAGAAUGUGGCUUCAUUGUUCGUGUACGAUAUACGGGAUGGCUCACAAAUAAGUGGUGAGAAUCAGCCAACAUUCAGGAAAUCGCUUCAAACGCAAGCCAAUUCCUGCGUUUGGACACACUUAGAUGACACGAUUUGUAUAGGUAAUGAAAAGGGAAAUGUCCAUCAAUAUGAUAUACGCAAGGGGGAUGACAUUGUAAAUUUUAAUGAUGAAGCUCAUAAGUUUCAAAUCAAUGAUAUGCAAAUGAGUACUGAUGAAAGUUUCUUGAUAACUGCUUCUAAGGAUAAAACAGCUCGCUUAUUUGAUGCAAGAACUUUGGAUUGCUUAAAGACGUACAAGGCGGAACGUCCGGUCAAUUCAGCAGCAAUUUCACCCAUUCGAGAUCACAUUAUUCUGGGUGGUGGGGAAGAAGCAAUGAAAGUAACUCAAACGACAGCUGCUUCUGGUCACUUCGAGGCGAAAUUGUAUCAUUUGGUAUUUGAAGAGGAGUUUGCCCGUUUUAAAGGGCAUUUCGGUCCAAUUAAUACUCUGGCGUUUCACCCAGGUGGCAAUUGUGUGGUAUCGGGUGGUGAGGACGGUUAUGUUCGUAUUCAAGAGUUUGAUGCAGAUUACUUGAAAUUUGACUAUGAUUUUUGAUAUCAAAUAUUUGUAAGAAAAGGUAUAUGUGGCUUCGAGUUUAUUCGAAAAAGAUUUUCUUAAGAAAGGGGCGAUUGGACGGAAAAGCGAAAUGCAACAUGAGAAGUAAUACCGGGAAUGUUGUCGUUGAUUGCAUGUAUUUCCGCAUUUAUUGUUUUAAUAAUGUCUUG